UUUCAUGAUCAAAUUCCCCGUCACAAAUGAGCCCACAAUUUCUUUACACCAUGACUCUCGCAGUUCCUUCAUUCCUCUUCAUUCAUCCUCAAUUACGACCUCUCGUCACGAAAAUGUCUUUCCGUGACACAAUCAUCUUUAUUAUUGUGCAUAUGGUGGAUAAGUUUGGAUUAUGGCAUAGGCUACCGGUGUCAUUGGGGCUGUGUUAUUUAAUUCUAAGAAGGCACUUGCACCAGAGAUAUAAUCUCCUACAUGUUGGAAGCAUGAGUGGCAACAAAUAUGACGUUGGAAAGUAUUUUUAUCGUACGGCUGAUGGGAAGUGCAAUCAUCCAACGGAUGAUACUGUAGGCAGCCAAGGAACGUUUUUCGGUCGUAAUAUGCCUCCAUCUACUACCAAGUUCGGGUUGCUAGAUCCUCAUCCAUCAGUGGUGGCCACAAAGCUACUGGAAAGAAGGCAAUUUAGAGACUGCGGAAAGCAAUUCAACAUGAUAGCUUGCUCUUGGUUACAGUUCAUGAUUCAUGAUUGGAUUGAUCAUAUGGAGGACACCCAUCAGAUUGAAAUUGUAGCUCCUGCGGAGGUUGUCGGUCAAUGUCCCUUGAAGUCGUUCAAGUUCUAUCAAACCAAAGAAAUUUCGACAGUAUCGCUUCAACCUAACACUGGUUUCAUUAAUAGACGGACACCAUGGUGGGAUGGAAGUGUUAUUUAUGGAAAUGACGAAGCGGGUAUGCGAAAGGUAAGAGCCUACAAAGACGGGAAGUUAAAGAUUUCGAGAGAUGGACUUCUUGAACAUGAUGACAUAUGGAUUCCUAUAUCGGGCGAUAUACGAAAUUGUUGGGCUGGUUUCUCCUUGUUGCAAGCUUUAUUUGUCAAAGAGCAUAAUGCUAUUUCUGAUAUGCUCAAGGAGCAUUAUCCAGAAUUUGAUGACGAGAAGCUCUACCAACAUGCAAGAUUAGUAACCUCAACAAUUAUUGCCAAGAUCCACACCAUUGAUUGGACUGUUGAACUCCUUAAGACUAAUACCCUAUUAGCAGCAAUGAGAAUCAAUUGGUAUGGCAUUUUUGGGAAGAAAGUGAAGGAUCUGUUUGGGAAUAUAUUCGGAGCUGAACUAAGUGGAUUAGUGGGUCUUAAAAGGCCACAAGAUCAUGGGGUCCCUUAUUCUUUGACAGAGGAGUUUGUAAGCGUCUACAGAAUGCACACAACAUUGCCUGACAAAAUAUUUCUCCGAGACAUUAAUGAUAUUUCAAAUCACAAAUCAGCCCCACCAAUCCAAGAAGAGGUGAAUAUGAAGGAUAUGAUUGGGAAAGAAGGAGAAAGAAGAUUGUCUAAAAUUGGUAUGGAGAAGAUGUUGGUAUCCAUGGGUCACCAAUCUUGUGGAGCAGUCACAUUAUGGAAUUAUCCAUUGUGGAUGAGAAACCUUGUGGCUCAUGAUAUCAAUGGUGAAGAGAGAACAGAUCUAGUGGACAUGGCUUCCAUAGAAAUCUAUAGAGAUAGAGAAAGGAAGGUUCCUCGUUACAAUGAGUUUAGGAGGAACUUGCUAAUGAUUCCUAUUAGAAAAUGGGAAGAUAUGACUGAUGAUGAAGAGGUUAUUGAAGCGCUCUAUGAAAUAUAUGGAGAUGAUGUUGAGAAGCUUGAUCUACUGGUGGGGAUACAUGCAGAGAAAAAGAUACAAGGUUUUGCCAUUAGUGAGACUGCUUUCUUCAUCUUCAUACUAAUUGCUUCAAGGAGGCUUGAAGCAGAUCGCUUCUUUACCACUAAUUUUAACCCACAAACGUACACUGAGAAAGGACUACAGUGGAUCAAUAAGACUGAAAGCCUAAAAUGCGUUAUUGACAGACAUUUCCCUAAUAUGUCAAAAACUUGGAUGAGAUGCUCAAGUGCAUUUUCUGUGUGGGACUCAGAUCCUAAUCCUCCUAAUUAUGUACCCUUGUAUUGGCGCUUAGCCUGAUUGUAAUAGUUUAACUUCAUCAUGUUUCAUAAACUUUAGUGUAGAAAAAGAUAAUAUAUGUGGGUACAUAGCAAAAUUUUCCUCUUUGUUGAGGCAAACAGUCUGGACUCUAGAAGCCAUGUUUGGUUCAAAUCGAUAUGUUGUAGAAGAUGAAGGGUCUAUAUGGACAAAUUCGGAGAAUAUUUGUAUUAAAUAUUUGAAUGGCAUUAUAUAUGGUUUGAAUA